AUAUAUAUAUAUCUAUAUGUAUAUCAUUCUAGCUUGUAUUUAGCUGAUACCUGAGUUGUGCUUUAUAAUUCUUUGUUUUUCCCCAAAAAAAAAAAAAAAAAAAAAAAAAAAAAAAAAAAAAAAAUCUAUGAGUGGCCAUGACAAACCCUCAAUCCAAUAAUCUCUUCAGUGGUUGGAUUAACUUCAAUAUGCCUCUUCAUCCUCACUACUACUCUCCUCAUCUCACUUCUACUUCUUCUUCUUCUUCUUUGAAUAAUAAUUAUAAUUAUAGUAGUAAUAAUAAUAAUAAUAAUCUCAUGAAUAUUGUUAGCAACAAAUUAUUAGUAUCUCCUUCUCCUAAUUUUCUGCAAAAUCACCACCAAAACUACAACCACUACUCAACUAGACCUUCCUCACCUCCUCUCAAGGAAGCCCUUCCUUUGUUAGACAGCUUGAGAGUACAAGAUCAAGAAUUAUCUUACACUCAGCUCUCAAGUACCGGUACUGAAACAGAUGAAAUAUUAGGAGAUCAUCAUCAUCAUCAUCGUGAUUGUAAUGAUGGUGGUGGUGAUGAUGACGAUAAGAGUGUGACUGUGGCUCUUCACAUAGGCUUGCCAUUUCCAAGCCCUAAUUCUGAAGUAGUGGGAUCCAUGGAGAAAGAACUAGGAUCAGCUGUGAGUACUGUUGAUCCUAAGCAGAUUAGCAAGGGUAUAACUUCUUCUAAUGCUACUCAGCAGUACUGGAUUCCUACCCCAUCUCAGAUUCUUGUUGGUCCAACUCAGUUCUCAUGCCCUAUUUGCUCCAAAUCCUUUAACAGAUACAACAACCUCCAGAUGCAUAUGUGGGGGCAUGGAUCUCAAUACAGAAAGGGACCAGACUCUCUAAAAGGGACUCAACCAACGGCCAUGCUAAGGCUGCCUUGCUACUGCUGCGCCCCCGGGUGCAAGCACAACAUCGACCACCCGAGGGCGCGGCCUCUCAAGGACUUUCGCACCCUUCAAACUCACUACAAACGGAAGCAUGGUGUCAAGCCCUUCAUGUGUAGAAAAUGUGGCAAACCCUUCGCGGUGAAAGGUGAUUGGAGGACUCACGAGAAAAAUUGUGGCAAAAUUUGGUAUUGUGUUUGUGGAUCUGAUUUUAAGCACAAGAGGUCUCUCAAGGACCACAUUAAGGCCUUUGGCCGCGGCCACGAUGCUUUUGGUGUUGAUUGCCUUGACGAUGAUGAGGAACCAGCGUCUGAAAUUGAGCACGACGGCGAGGCCUCAAUGUGAUAUCAUAUUUUAUGUACGUUUUCAAUUCUUGUGUGCAAAUUAAUUAAGAUUAGUGCAGUCCUCAUAUUCUUCAACUUAUUGA